GUGAGAACCAAUUGAAGCACCAUACGAAGCAGGUUGAUGACGCACUUUCAAACUUUCCCGCCAGCAUUUGGGAGCCAUUCAACAGCACUUGGCAUCUGUUCAGGAUUUAGCAAUGCCAGUGAGCAUUGUUUUGCCAGAUCUCCAUGGACCGUCGGUAGUUCUACUACUAGCCUCUAGGACAAAGGAGCCCCACCUGGGCUUUCAUCAUUGAAAAGCUGUCCACAAGUUUGUAUCUAGAAGGCUGCAGGAUCAGGAAAUGCUCCUGAACUUGGAGCUGCUCUUGUUCGCUCUCCAUUUGAUUGUGAAGAGUUGAGUACCAGAGAGGUAUUCUGAUCAGGUACGGCGGCAUUCAACCCGGCUGGGAUUCCAAGGAAACAGGCUCCGCAAAGAGAAUGCCGAAGAAAGCAAACCCAGCAGUGGGUUCCAGAGCGAAGGCCGAUGAAAAGGAAAACCUCCUCCAAUUGGCCAGGGAGUGGGGGUUUGACCGGAAGCACGCCAGCCGAUGUUUGGACGAGCUCUAUGCAACAUAUGGUGCCGAUGGAGCCGCCUUUGUGACCGUCGAGAACUGCGGCGAGGAUUUUCUGUCCCGGCUGGCUUCAAGCAAUGAGGACUGGGAUACAGAGGUGGAUCCAGAGUGGGGGCUGCAGGGAGAGGAAGGGCCUCAGGCUGAUGCGUUUGAGGAUGAGCCGCUUUUUGUCAAGCUCCAAGCCUCCAAGCCUGCGAGAAAGCCAACGAAGCUGGAUCAAGCAGCUCUCGAGAAUGACAGUGGGCCAAGAGGCCCCAAAGCUAGGGAGAAGAGCGCGCCGUUGAGUAAGGCAGCAACCGUUGACCUCGGCGAUGAUGUCAUCACUGAUGCCUCAAGACAACAAGGACCAAAGAACUUACCCUCAAACAGGACAGCAGAAGCGAACCACCCUGCAUCGGACAGUAUUACUGAAAUUUCAGAAGCAGAUGCUCGAAAACGGACGGGGAGGCAAGUCAGCACGAGCGGACGGGAUAUGCAGCCCCGGGUAGUUGUUGGGGCUACGAGUCCGCGCCCAGAGCUAGCGGGGGGCAUGUACUGGGUGAGGAAAGACCCCCCCGGAAAAGAAAAGAAGGACGAGCGGCGGGCGGCCCUAGAGAGUCUUGCAGCUCAACGAGGUGCCAAAGGGGGCAAGAUACUCGCGAGCAUUUUCCGUGGGGGGGAUGGUUCUGGGGGCGGGUCCGACAGCGAGUCGGAACCUGACGGGGAUGAUGAUGUCGUCAUUAUUGAUAGACCACCUGUAAAGAGGGGCCAAAAGGCGGGAGGUCGGGGGAAGGGGGACAUUGGGAGCGGAGCAAGUGGGUUCCGGUCGGCUGCUGACGUCAUCAAGGAGAUGCCUCCGCCCAAGAAAGCAAAGAAAGCAAAAGCGGCAGCGCCCAAGAAGCCGCCCAUCGAGCUCCAAACCGCCCAGGAGCCCCACAUCGCCAGCUUCUUUAUGAGGGCCCCCGCAGGCCCCGCCGCACCGGCCGCCGCUCCCGUACCAGCCAAAACGGGCUACUUGAGGGUGACGCUAGACGACUUACAGGGCCUCGACGAAUUGGACACCGCGGCCAAGGCCGUUUUCGGACACGUGGCAUUUCGGACGGUCCAGAAGCAGGUCAUCCGGGCGGCGGUGGCGGGAGAGGACUGCUUUGUACUGAUGCCGACGGGCGGGGGCAAGAGUCUGUGUUAUCAGAUGCCCGCCAUCCUCACCCCGGGCGUCACGAUCGUCGUCUCCCCCCUGCUGUCCCUCAUCCAGGACCAAGUCCUCGCUCUAGUUGAAGGCAGGGGGAUCCCCGCGACGUACCUCAGCUCGCAGCAAAGCGCGAUCCAGGGGAGCGCCGUAAUCGCGGAGCUGCGGAAAAGGCGGCCCAGCAUGAAACUGCUGUACGUAACGCCGGAGAAGGUGUGCGGGAGUGGCGCGUUUCAGGACGUUCUGCGGCAACUGCACGGGAACGGACAGCUGGCGCGGUUCGUGAUUGACGAGGCGCACUGCGUCAGCCAGUGGGGCCACGACUUUCGUCCGGAUUAUAAGGAGCUCGCCCGGUUGCGGGCCAACUUUCCGUCGGUUCCGCUCAUGGCGCUCACAGCCACUGCCACGCCGGACGUUCGAAAGGACGUGCUCCAGAUUUUGGGCAUCCCCGACAGUCGCGCGUUCGAGGUGGGCUUCGACCGGCCCAACCUGACGUACGAGGUGGUGGUCAAGGUCAAGAAGGAGCACCCGAAGCAGCUGGGGGAGCUCAUCGAAGCGCGCUUCCGGGAGCAGUCCGGCAUCAUCUACUGCCUCAGCAAGAACGAGUGCGUCGACGUGUGCAAGUACUUGCGGGGUCAGCACCAGCUGAAGGUGGACUACUAUCAUGCGGGGCUCCCCCCCGCCAAGCGGGUCGACGUGCAGAGGCGGUGGCAGGCGGGCAAGGUGCAUAUCGUCUGCGCGACCAUUGCUUUCGGCAUGGGUAUCGACAAGCCGGACGUGCGCUUUGUCAUCCACAACACGCUCUCCAAGGCCAUCGAGGGGUACUACCAGGAGUCGGGGCGUGCGGGCCGGGACGAUCUCCCGUCGGCCUGCAUACUGUUCUACACGCCAACCGACUACUCCCGGGUGAUCUGCAUGCUGCGCGUCAGCCGGGGCGCGCGCGCCGCGCGCUUCAAGUACGGGAUGGAGCAGGCCAAGAAAAUGAAGGAGUACUGCACGGAACAGAAGAGAUGUCGGAGAGAGAUGCUGCUCGAGUACUUCGGCGAGGCCUUUGACCCGACCAGGUGUCGCGACGGCCGGAGCCCCUGCGACAACUGCCGGAGGGGGACGGAUACGGAUGGUUGGAGGACGCGAAACUUUGGCGAGGAAGAUGAGCAGGUGGAGGACGAAAACUAUGACCAAGAUAUGGGGCCCGACAAUACUGAUGACGACUUCUAGUGCAAUAGAAUUAGCACUCUACUCAAAAAAUUGUCUUACACACUGCCAGGGCAUUCGCAUUCUUCUGUAACACCUUCCCUGAUCAAAGGGGCCACGAUGCUGGUUUGUCUCCAUGGUUGCAUCGCAAAUCGGGUCCGGCGUG